UAAUAAUUAUGACUGCCAUCUACAAAUAUUAUAGUAAACGUGGAAGUUUAUUGUUUUACGAAGCAACGUGCGAAUGUCUUAUCGUGUAUGAUCUUUCAAUUUUGUAAAAAAUAUGGAAUAUAUUUACCGUUUACCGUUUUUAGCGCUAGAAGUACCUAAUUUAAAAUUAAAAAGACCAUCAUGGUUUGUGAAACCUAGUGCUAUGGUAGUUUUCUCGUUUAUACUUUUGUCAUAUUUUCUAGUAACUGGAGGUAUAAUAUAUGACGUAAUUGUGGAACCACCUAGUGUAGGAUCAACAACAGAUGAACAUGGUCAUACAAGACCUGUGGCAUUCAUGCCAUAUCGUGUGAAUGGUCAAUAUAUUAUGGAAGGACUGGCAUCUAGUUUUCUCUUUACUUUAGGUGGAAUUGGCUUUAUAGUACUAGAUCAAACGCAUAGCCCAUCAACACCUAAACUGAAUAGAAUUCUUUUAAUAUGUGUUGGAUUUAUUAGUGUCAUUGUAUCAUUUAUCACCUGUUGGAUUUUCAUGAGAAUGAAACUACCGGGAUAUUUACAAUCAUAAAUUCACUGAAUUUAAAGGGGUAUUUUGGUAAUCCAGCCUGAAAUGAUCGACUUCUUUGGAUUUUUUUCUAAGGAAACCAUGAUACCUUUUGGUAUGCAGUUGCACAUGAAUUUAUUCAUACUUAAAAGUAUGAUUGGGGAGAAUCCUUCGUUAAAUAUAUUCACCGCCAAAAAUGUGGUGAUUUCAACAGUUUUUAAUCCCAAGUGCAUAUGUUUUGGAACGAAAAGUCAAAUCAACGAAUUAAGUAAUUCAUUAUUGUUUUGUUUCCACUUCCAAACACCUUUUCAACAAAUCAUCUGAUGAAAAAAAUAAUAAUAUUAAUAAUACUCGAAAUAGUAAUGUCAAGAUUUCCAUUGUUCUGUAAUUUCUCGCUCGAUAUACGAGGAUUUUCAACGUCUUCCUCGACAGUUUAUUGAUUCCCAUAAAAUCUUAAUCGUUUGGGACGGCUUGUCUGAGAAUAACUUGCUUUUAUUCUUUUUCUAUCCAUUUCAAUGUACUCAAAUUCUGGUUAUUAACUUUUGAAAAUGCGUACGCUUGUUAACCGAAAAUAAAAUAUGUAAUAUAUUUUUAUCGUAAAUAUUGCUAAAUGCCUAAAAAUAUAUCUACAAUGGUCAAAAUGGACAGCAGGAAUCCCACUUCAAAACCCAAAGCCUUCGACAAUAAAGAUUGAGAAAUCGAGGAAAUCAUACAUGCAGCUGUGGUACGUCUGUAUGUCGCACGUUGCCAGCAGUACACCGUUUCGUUUAAACAUCUAUAACUUUGUUAAUUUUACGAAUUCCAACAAAUACUUUUACAUAGGCAUUCUAGAAAGCAUAUACUUUGAGAAAAUGUAAAAAAAAAAUCGAUUUUUUUAAGCCGAAUUACCAGAAUAUAUGGUAUGGAUUAAAGCUUGCUAACACAUAAAAACUGUCACAUUUUGUACUAAAUAUAUUUAAAAUGUAAUUUACAAAUAAUAUAAGAAGGUCUGUCAAAUAUAUUUCAAAAGGCAAACAA